UCUUACAGAAGAAACCAUCUCAAGAUUCGUGGUGUCAAAGCUUUAUCGGUAAUGCACAUACACAUAGAUGGUGGCUUUUAUACCGGGUGAGCCAGGGUUCGUUUCAAAUCGAGAACGGAGCUCAAAGAGACGAUCCUCUAGAAUCAUCGAAUAAAUCCAGCAGCCUACAUCUUGCUUAUUCGGUUACUAAUGUUCAAACAAAGAUACAAGCCUUAGCCGGAACGAAGGUUAUGUACUCUUCCUGGGUUAAAUUAUUUAAGCUUCAUGCCACUGCCUACCAGGUUCUCAACCAUAUUGAUGGUAUUGUUGCUCCUGCUGAAACAACCGUUGAAUUUGCAACCUGGAAAGAACUCGAUGAUUUGGUGCUACAGUGGAUCUACAACACUAUAUCUGAUGACUUGCUCGUUCGUGUAUUAGAAACGGACUCUAAAGCGCGUGAUGCAUGGGUCAAACUCAAAAAAAUAUUUUUAAGUAAUAAGAAUGUGUGGGCUGCUGCACUGGAAACACGUUUCUGUAACCUAACCCUUGCUGCGUGUUCAUAUUUGGACGAUUAUUGUCAGCGUCUCAAGGAUCUCUCCACUCAACUUGAGGACGUUGACCACCCUGUUACCGAAUCUCGGCUGGUUCUUCAACUAGUUCAAGGGCUACCUGCUGAAUACGACACAACCGCGUCCCUUAUUAAUCAAAACCAUGCGGACUGGGACCUUGCAAGAAGCAUGCUUCAAGAUGAACUUAUUCGUCUUGAAGUUCGUAAUAAAAUCGUCACAAUCAGUCUUGGUUGCUGAGUCUAUUUCAUCUAAUUCGACCCAACAACAACCUCAGUAUAACCAACAGGCUCCCCCAUCUAACUCUAAUCAAUCUCAAUAUUAUAAGAAAAAUCACGGUAGAGGUCGAAGCCGUAAUUCCAGGGACGGACAAGGAUGCGGCAGUGGGCGUGGCCAACAAUACUACAACUCGAACUAGCAAUACUACAACUCGAACUGGGCCAUGCAAAAUCAGAACUACCCACAAUGGGCCUGGUGGAACACUCCACCAUGCCCUUUCCCAACCCAAAGUAAUUAUCGGCCCACUACCCCUUUUUUCUCCGCCUAACGGCCCAUACCAAGCAGCCCACUUGUCGGCUCGCCCUAUCCAGCCUACCCUAGCCCACAAAGCCGAGUUACACUCCACCCCAACAUCACUACCCAUCCGCCCCUUACCAACCCACUUAAAAUCAAACCAUGGCCCAAACACCUAUCAAUAACCAACCCACAUACGAUUCUUUAACCCUUCAGAUCUCAAUGUAGCAAUGUCUUCCAUGCAGCUUCACCACACAUGCCACUGAUGACCAAGCAACACCACAGUAAAAGCAAAUUUCAAAAUCUACAAAUUAUGUCACGUUCACAAGAAAGGAAAAAAAGAAAACAAGUAUUGUGGCUUUAUGGUUUAAGUUUUUCAAGCUAUGCCUGCAACAACAGUGGAAGCAUUGCGUUAUAGUGGAGAAUCUUCUCUUUUUCAAA